CCCCAGCCCCGCUCCUCCCUGAGCGCCCGCAGCUGCCGCGCCGCCGCCGCGCCAGGCUUGCAGUAAAGGCUGGAAAUCUGGGUCACAGCUGAGGAAGAUCUCGAACAUGGAGUCCAGGAUGUGGCCUGCACUGCUGCUGUCCCAUCUCCUCCCUCUCUGGCCACUGCUGUUGCUGCCCCUCCCACCACCUGCUCAAGGCUCCUCCUCCCCUCGAACCCCACCAGCCCCAGCACGUCCCCCAUGUGCCCGAGGAGGCCCCUCUGCCCCACGCCAUGUGUGUGUGUGGGAGCGUGCACCGCCACCAAGCCGAUCCCCUCGGGUCCCAAGAUCUAGGCGGCAAGUCCUGCCGGGCACGGCUCCCCCGGCUACCCCAUCAGGCUUUGAAGAGGGGCCACCCUCAUCCCAGUACCCCUGGGCUAUUGUGUGGGGCCCUACAGUUUCUCGAGAGGAUGGGGGGGACCCCAACUCUGCCAAUCCUGGAUUUCUGCCCCUGGACUAUGGUUUUGCAGCCCCCCAUGGGCUGGCUACCCCGCACCCCAAUUCAGACUCCAUGCGGGGUGAUGGAGAUGGGAUCAUCCUUAGAGAGACACCUGCCACCCUGGGGCCAUUCAUAUUCGGGGGCCGUGGGGAAGGUGUGGACCCCCAGCUCUAUGUCACAAUUACCAUCUCCAUCAUCAUCGUUCUCGUGGCCACCGGCAUCAUCUUCAAGUUCUGCUGGGACCGCAGCCAGAAGCGGCGCAGGCCCUCAGGACAGCAAGGUGCCCUGAGGCAGGAGGAGAGCCAGCAGCCUCUGACAGACCUGUCCCCAGCCGGGGUCACUGUGCUGGGGGCCUUCGGGGACUCACCCACCCCCACCCCUGACCAUGAGGAGCCCAGAGGGGGACCCAGGCCUGGGAUGCCCCAGCCCAAGGGGGCUCCAGCCUUCCAGUUGAACCGGAUUCCCCUGGUGAAUCUGUGAUGCCCACCAAUGUUGGGGUACCACCAAGCAGGAGGCCGAGGGGCCGGCAUAGCCACCGCCCCACUGAGGGUGGGGUGGCUGUGGGAGCUGGGCCGCAGGUGCUCCUGGCCCCUGCCCUUGCCCUCCACCCUGGAACACUCACUGGCCUCACAGUCAGUCCUACCUGCUCACCCUCCUUUAGGUGGGGACCUCCCAUAUUUGUGGUUUCUGGUCCCCCGUGCCCACCCUUGCACACUCACAUGAAAGCCUUGCACACUCACCUCCACCCUCAUGGGCCAUUGCACACACUGAUGCUGUUGUGCAGCCAGUCUUCUGCACCUGCUCCCCAUCCACCUUGCUCCUCUGCUGACUCCUCACAUUCUUCCUUUUGUUUCACGUUUUUCACGCUCUCCUCUCCCUGCAGUUCACGCUCAUCUCAGUCACUCAGUGGUCAGUGGGUGACUUCAGCAUUUCCUCUCACAUGUCUGUCCUGGCCCCAUGUUGUGAUGUUGCGGGUCACGCCCUCACUCUAUCUCAUGAACACCCACUGACCUAGUUUCUGUGGCUCCUGCAUGCUGCCCAGAGGUCGGUGGGAGGUGAGCUGGGGGCUCCUCGUUCCCUCAUCUGUCAUGGUCCCAUCCGCUCCGUGUCAUGUUUUUCACUGUCCUCAUCAUCCCACCCUGUGGGUGCUCUCAUUACCCUGAGGGCUCCCCCACAAGAAAGGAGGUAGUGAGGCCCCACACUUUUCCCCACCCCACUGCUAAAUUCUGUUGUCCGGGAGAUGGGUUUUGGGGAGUCACCUGCUGCACUACAUGAGAAAGGGGCUCCCAUUUGCCCUUCCCUUCCUCCUAAGUCCCUUUUGUCUUAUCUGUCCUGGCUGUCUGUAUGUGUGUCACUCUCUGGAAUUCAAAGCCCCCUGAGCCAGUCUUCCUCUUCCCAGCCUCCCUCAGCGCCUCCUGAUUCCACUGAGGUUGGCAGGGACUGGAGGCAGGUGGUUCAAGGCCAUUGGGAGCUCUACCUCCCAACCUACCCCUCCCCUUCCUGGGCUCCCUAACAUCUCUCCCUCCCCCCCUCUUUUGUUCUUCCACUCACUCCUUUUGCCCCCCACCCCCACCCCAGGUUUGUCCCUACUUCUCAUAAUUUUUUCCACCUUCCUUCCUUAUUCCUCUCUUACCUGGCUCCUAUGCUGUGAUAUAUAUUUUUGUAUUAUCUCUUCUUGUGGUGAUAAUCUUGAAUUCUUGUGGGAUGUAAGUUUCAAAAUUUUCAA